AAUAAUUAAGGAGUGGCAACAAGGCAAGCAUCAUAUGACUAGUCGCACCAUAAAAGAAAGUCUGAAAAAUGGCGACAGCUAAACAAGACGAGAGUGAUGCUUUAGUGGAAUCUGUGACAUGUUCAAUAUGUAUGGAGGUUUUAGAUGAUCCUAGAUCACUACAAUGUAUGCACAGUUACUGCAGAAAGUGUAUACAGGACACAAUGGAUAAACAUCAGGAUAAGAAAUCGUUCCCUUGCCCAAUCUGCAGAGAUGAUUGCCCGAUACCUAAUCAAGGGGCUGCAGGUCUCAAGGUGAACUUUUUUGUGAACUCUGUUUUGGACAUUGCAAAAGAUCGAUCAGCAUCAUCGAAAGAUGUACGGAAUUGUGACAUCUGUUUAGAGGAGAAUGAGCAGGUCCCAGCCAUUUCCAAGUGCCUGGAUUGCAAUGAGAAGCUCUGCAAAGCAUGCAAUCGUGCACAUAAACGGUCACGUAAUUCAAAGCUGCACAAAAUACUUGAGCUAAGUGGUGACACAUCUAAAGAUACCAAGGCUGCCAUGGACUUGUUAUCUAAACGGACCUUGUACUGUCAAGUGCAUACUCAAGAACCUUUAAGGUACUUUUGCAAAAAAGAUCAGCGUCUUAUCUGCCAAGACUGUUUUGCAUUCAAUCACCAAGGCCAUGUGUUAGAGGACAUUGAGACGACAGCAAAGUCCACUUUAAAGAACUUAAACUCCAUUAUUGACCUUGGUAAGCAGAGGUCAGCCAAAUAUGAAGAGAACUUAAGUGAUACUCUUGUUCAAAGGCAAGCUAUCGAAAAAAGAACAGAGAACUCUAAAGCCCAACUUGCCUCUGACAGAGAGAAUGUAUCAGCCCAUGUGAAUGCCCACUUCAAUGAAUUGGAAGCUAAAGUGACUGCUGCUGGAAAUGCUUCAAUUAAAAAUAUGAUUACACAUAUGGCUAACCUCGAAUUCGAUAAAGAUGCCAUUGAUGGAACUGUAAAGCAAUUAGAAGCCCUCCGAGAUCAUGGUCAUCCUGCAGACAUUGUGUACAUGAUACCAGAAAUGAAUGCCAAGCGUGAAAUUUGGUCAAUGAUUCCUGAUCUUCAGAUUGAUCCAGAUCGAGAGUUUCAAGUUAAACCAAGCCAAAUCAAUGCUGCCAACAUCAUCCUUGCAACCAUAGAACAAGAUGUAGAUAAUGACAAAAUUGUUCCUACCAUAGAAAACAGUUCUUUGGACUCUCAACUCAAUCAAAAUUUGGAAGAUAAGAAAGGUAUGGGCCUUGAAGCACAACUGAAAUCUGUAUCUUUACAAUCUCAGAGCUCUCCAAGAGUGACACAUCUUACUGUUUUGAAAAAAGAAAUCGACUGGAUAACUGUAUUGAAAAAUGACAAUGUACUAACUGCAUCCUCAAAUAAACUUGAGUUUUUUGACAAGGACUUGGUUCCCAUUGGAAGAAUGAUUAAUAUCCCUGGAGACUGGGACGCAAUGAAUAGGACAAAUGAUAACUGUGUCGCAUUUUGCUACCAGCAAGACAACUGCAUAAAGAUGAGACUCUAUAAUGAUGAUGGUCACAGUCUAACAAACCGUCACAUACCAAAUGUCAAAGGACUGGAGAAUUUUGUGAUAAAUCAAUCUGAUGAAGUUUUAAUGUUGGCAGAUGAUGACCAGAUAUUGCGUGUGAAGUACAAAUCAGGGAAAAUUCUGGGUUCAUACAAAAUGGAGGCUCUGCCGGAUUUGGAAGUACAUGAGAUGGCUGUCAACAGUAAAGGUGACAUUAUCAUGUCACAUCCAAGUUGCAUCUCUAUUACACAGAUUGAAAGAGAAUGUGCUGUAACAAGGGAAGUAUACACACUCACUGAAAAUGACCAAGAUCUUGAAGCAUUUGUUGAUAUCAAGGACAAUAUCAUUGUACUUAACCUAUAUGAAUCAACCAUCAAAAUCUUAACACCGAAUGGUAACUUUAUAAAAGAUUUGAAUACCCCAGAUUAUUGUGAGCCAUUUAGCAUUCAUCCAAACUCUGUUGGAGAUUUGGUUGUUGGAGCCAAUCAUAAGAAUUCUGAUGAAACAUGCAUGUACAUAUUGCGAUACAGAUCAGAGGAUGGUGAACUCUUGUAACUUCGUUGGCAGCACAAUGCAAAAAGUGGACAUUUUACUCUAUUGAGACAACUAACAGCUCCUUAUUAUCUUAGUCUUAGAUCACAUUUUUGACUGAUUUCUAGUCAAGGGGCUAAUGACAAUUUAAGAUUGUUCUGAUCUUUGAUUAGGUUGGAAGAAUUCUUCAACUUUGAAGGUUAUUAUGACAGCUCAAGUAAUUAAAAUUCAACGCAUAUGUUAGACUGGAAAAAGAUAUAACAUUAACUUUGAAUAUUUUUAUAAGUACAUUAGUUGUCUUACUUGAAUGAUGAAUGUGAAGCUUUGAGCCGUUUAAUGUCAUCAUUGCGGAGAUUCUCCAAUAAUGCGUCAUCAUAUGGUAUUGGCUCCUCCUCCUGCUCAUGAGGAAAUGUCAUGGACACUUGACGAUUCUUGUAGGCUUUUGGUAAAUCUGAAAUGUUGAAUAAUGCUGUAUAUACAUAUUGAUCAGCUUAUAUUAUGAUGAACAACAAUGCUUGCAAAAUCAAGUUGUUAGAAAAAUGGUACUUUACAUGUAUUUUGAUAACCUGAUUCAUUAA